GAGAGAGAGGGAGGAGAUACUUUGGGAAUGGCGCAUGGAGGAGGGCUUUUCCUGUUCAUACUCCUCGUUCUGCUGGGCUCCUUGUCACGUGCUGGAGGUGCCCGAGGACGUGAGGACCGACGUCCGAUAAACCGGAGCUCCUUCCCGCCGGGCUUCAUUUUUGGGACUGCGUCUUCAGCUUAUCAGUACGAAGGAGCAGCUGAAGAAGACGGCAAAGGCAUCAGCAUAUGGGAUGCUUACACGCACAAACACCCAGACAAAAUAAAGGACCAAAGCAAUGGAGACAUAGCUGUGGAUUUUUAUCAUCGCUACAAGGAAGACGUGAAGAUCAUGAAGGAAAUGGGUUGGGACGCAUUCAGAUUUUCCAUAUCUUGGACCCGAAUAUUGCCUUAUGGAAGACUGAGUGGUGGAGUGAACGAGGAAGGCAUCAAGUAUUACAAUAACCUCAUCAACGAGCUCUUAUCCAACGAUAUACAACCAUUCGUGGUAAUGUUUCACUGGGAUUUUCCGCAGUCCCUUGAGGACGAGUACGGAGGCUUCUUGAGUUCCAAAGUCGUGGCUGAUUUCCGAGACUACGCAGACAUAUGUUUUAGAGAAUUUGGAGAUAGGGUGAAGCACUGGAUCACCUUGAACGAGCCGUGGGUGUACACUGUUGGUGGGUAUGCACGGGGAACGGAGGCUCCUGGGCGCUGCUCUUCCGGGGAAAUGGCUAUUUGCACUUUUGGGAAUUCUGCGACGGAACCGUACAUUGUGGCGCACCAUCUGCUUCUUGCACAUGCAACCACUGUAAGACACUACAAGGAUAAGUAUCAGGAAUCUCAAAAGGGCACUAUAGGGAUAAUCAAUAUGGUCCACUGGUAUAUACCGCUAUCUACAUCUAAAUCCGACUAUGAUGCUGCCCAACGAGCUAUGGACUUUAUGAUUGGAUGGUUCAUGGAUCCUUUAACUGAUGGUGAAUAUCCGCCUAGCAUGAGGUCCCACGCAGAAAACCGGCUACCAAAAUUCACAAAAGAACAAUCUGAUAUGUUGAGAGGAUCCUUUGAUUUCAUAGGCCUAAAUUACUACACUUCCAAGUACGCGGCUCAUGCUACUCCUUCCGAUACCACCCGAGUAAGCUACACAACCGAUUCACAUGUUAACAUCACGGUGGAGCGAAAUGGGAUCCCCAUCGGACCUCAGGCUGCUUCAACAUGGCUGUAUGUGUACCCACAAGGAAUCCGAGAUGUAUUGGUCUACCUCAAGGAAAGAUACAACAACCCCAUUAUUUACAUUACUGAGAAUGGAGUUGAUGAGUUCAACAACGGUUCCUUGUCAUUGGAGGAAGCGCUGCAAGACGACAUGAGGAUCGACUACUAUCAUGCCCAUCUUUUAUUUGCUCAAACUGCCAUUAGGGAUGGUGUGGAUGUGAGGGGCUACUUUGCUUGGUCAUUGUUGGACAACUUUGAAUGGGCAGAUGGUUUCACCGUUAGAUUUGGCCUUAAUUACGUGGAUUAUAAAGAUGGUCUGAAGAGAUACCCAAAGCAAUCCGCCCUUUGGUUUCAGCAGUUUCUUAGAAGGUGUGAAGGUAGAGAGAAUUCCAUCUCCUCCGCAUGAUAAGUGAGACAUGGACCACAAUAUCAGUACAAAAACGUCACAUGUAUGAUUUAACUUUAUGGAUCUAUUCUCAAAAUCAUCCUUUCAAGGUGAAUAUUGCAUUGUGUACUUAUUAUUGUUUAGGUGUGUAUAUAUUUAUUCAUUUUAUUAUAUUAAGGUUUUUCAAUGUUUGAAUUUAUACUAAUGAAUGUAAUUAUUUCAUAACAAAAUAUCUUCAUAGAUAUUGAGAUUGGUUA